AGAGAAGUCCCUCCACGCGGUGGGCUAAACCGUUAGCACGCGCCGAGAGCAUCAUCCGGGGACCCUCCCACCGGUGACACGAGACUAUUUAUGCAGCCCGCAGCCUCCGCCGAGGAGACAGAGCGACCGGGACGCGCGCGGCACGCCGAACCUGAAGCCCCUUCAUACGGAGCUCUAGCUCUGGCUGUCACAAUGCCUCUCCUGGAUGAAAGCUCUCUGCCGAGAGACUGCCCUCCAACUGUGCCAGUGGUCAUCAUCGGUAAUGGACCCUCGGGCAUCUGCUUGUCGUAUCUCCUGAGCGGGUACACGCCUUAUUUAGAUCCGGCUGCUGUGCAUCCGAAUCCCAUUCUUUACCACAAACUUCAGGAGGCCAAGCAUCUGCCCAUCACUGAACAGAGUCUGGAAUACCUGUCUGAGGGUUUAGAGGGACGUUCUGAGAAUCCAGUGGCCGUACUCUUCGAUACGCUUCUCCACCCGAAUGCAGACUUGGGCUUCGAGUUCCCAUCCGUGUUGCAGUGGAGGCUGGAGAAGAAGCAUCACGUUCCUCACCUGGUUCUGGGGAAGGCCACACCAGGUGGAGCCUGGCAUGCAAUGGAAGGAUCCAUGCUGACCAUUAGCCUGGGCAUUUGGAUGGAGCUGCCAGGGGUCAACUACAGGGACAUUACCCCUGGCAAGAGGAGGAGCGUGACCAACGACCGGGCAACUCCGGAGGAAAUCUCUUCCUAUUAUAAGAAUUACGUGAAGCUCAUGGGCCUUCAAAAGAACUUUGCCGACAACACUUACGUCACUUCCGUUCAGAAACUCCACCGAGGUCUUGACGGCGACCUUGGGAAAGAGAACGGCACUGAAAACGACACGGAGAACGGACCGAGGAAUGAGACACGGGAGAACGAGUUUGACUACUGCGAGCAGAAUGGAACGGACAGCGGUCACAAUGGAAGGGAAAACGGCUUCAGCAACGGCUUCAAAAGUGGAACGGAGAACGGUCGUGGAAGAGGCAAACCGGGAGAAGAGGAGAACAGGAGAAAGAUGAGCAUUGAGGACGUGAGGGAGAACGGUAUUCCACAAGGAAUCUCGCAGGGAUUGUGGGAAGUCAGGGGCUACCAGCAGCUUCAGGGUGAUACCCAUGUUCCUUUCUGUCUGUUUGCUGAGAAUGUAGUCUUAGCGACAGGCGCAUCCGAUUCUCCGGCUCGUCUGGCUGUGGAAGGGGAGGAUCUUCCCUACGUGUUCCACAGUGUGCGAGAUCUUGGUGUUGCCGUCAACCGCCACGGUAAACUGGGACCUGCUUCUGACCCGGUUCUGGUGGUGGGGGCAGGCCUUAGCGCAGCUGACGCUGUGCUGUGCGCCUGCAACCACAGCAUCUCUGUGCUGCACGUCUUUCGCAAAAGAAGCGACGACCCGAGUCUCAUCUUCAAACAGCUGCCAAAGACGCUGUACCCCGAGUACCACAGAGUCUACCACAUGAUGUGCUCUCAGACCUACGCCACAUCGCCCAUCGCCAACAACUGCAGCGCCAGUCAAGCAGUCCCUAGUAGCGCUUCCUCUGUACUGUUCCCAGACUACACCAGCUUCCCAGAGCACUGUGUGCUCUCUUUCCAGCCCGACAUGCGCUGCGUUCUGAGGGGAUCCAAUGGCGUUCUGAAAGCCUUCAAAGUGUCGAUGGUGCUCGUUCUGAUCGGGACAUAUCCCAAUCUGUUCUUCCUGAAGGAGCAAGGUCAGUACCUGGGCUUGGACCCCAGCAGACCCAUCUCUUGCAGGCAGAACCCUGUGGACAUAAACCCCUACACCUUCGAGUGCAGCGCCGAGCCCGGCCUCUUCGCCAUGGGUCCCCUAGUGGGGGACAAUUUCGUGCGCUUCCUGAAGGGCGGCGCUCUGGGGAUUGCCAGCUGCCUUCUCAAGAGACAGAAACAGAUGAAGAAGAAAGGGAAACUGAUCGCCGACGCAGGAGAGUGUGGGAGAGUCGGGCGAGGGGACGGCAGAGGCAGUGGGGGGUUUGUCUGAGAAAUCGUCUUAAUAAAAAAAUUCUGGGGGUUGCUUUUGCAGAAAAGAAGGAAGUAAGAGCAGAUUAUUUUUCCAUGUAUGCAGUGGAUACAUAUAUUUUUAACUCUACAGCUUUCUUACUGUUUUUAAAUGAUAGAAGAUAAGAUAGAUGAAUAUAAACAGUGUCUUUUUCCUGCUGUCUUUUUCUCUCUGUCUUACGAAAAAGGAAAACACAGGAUGCAGGAGCAAUGUGCCAAUAUUUCAUCCUUCAUAUUUCAUCAUAUAUAUUUCAUCUACAAAUGAGUAGGGAGUUGUUUUUUCAUGAUGUUGCACAUAUUGUAAAUUGCCUUAUUUUUACAUUGUUACAUGUUAAGAUAGUGUCUUGAUUUUGGACCUCGCCCAUUCCAUUUUCAGCGUGAAUUUAACUGCACUAUAAUGGUGCAAAAGAGAGAGCAAAGUGUCUUAAACACUAAAACAGGAGAGUCAAACCUGUCCACAUUGGACCAAGCAGGAGCACGUCAUCAAUGGGUCGAAAUAUGGCUGCAUAAGCAAUAGGGUAAAAAUAUUGAAUUGCGAUAUUUUUACAAUACACAAUAUGUAUCGUUAUAUUUUCAUACACAGAAUAAAAUGAAUUAGUAGUGUAAACAGUGAUUUUUUUUAAUACAAAAUUGGCUGCACUUAAUCCAAUUAAACAUGGCUAAUAACAAUUUCUGUAAUAAAUAGUGCCGCAAAUAUAAAAUAACUUCAUAUUGCCAAGCUCUAGAUUGAAAAUUGACCAACUGACUGAACAGGUCAGCCACUGCAGUGUGUACAGGUUUGGCACCCCUGCACAAGAGGACAAUAGAGUGGCUGAUGCAGGUGCAUUUUAAAAAAAAUUAAACAUCUUUAAAAAGUUGUGAAACUCAUAUAUUGUAUAGAUGUAUUACACACAGAGUGAUCUAUGUUAAGUGUUUAUAUCUUUGAUUGAUGAUAUUUAUGGCUUACAGCCAAUGAAAACCCAAAAAUCAGUGUCUCAGAAAAUUAGAAUAUUAUAUAGAGCAAUUCUGGUCAUUUUGGCAGUGUGCCAAGUCCUGCUGGAAAAUGAAAUCCCAUUUCAAAUCUCCAUAAAUGUUGUCAGUAGCAGAGGGAAGCAUGAAGUGCUGUAGGAUUCUGUGGGAAAACAAAACUGCACUGACUUUAGACUUGAUAAUAAAACACAAGUUUGAUGGAGAUGUGGAUUUCAUUUUCCAGCAGGACUUGGCACACUACCCACACUGCCAAACGUACUAAUUGGUCUUAUAUAAUAUUCUAAUCUUAUCUAAUCUAAUCAACAAUAAAAGAAACAAACUCUUAAUAUAGAUCUCUCUGUGUUUAAUACAUCUAUAUAAUAUAUAAGUUUCAUAUUUUGAACUGAAUUACUGAAAUAAAGUUACUUUUCAAUGAUAUUCUAUUUUUUUGAGAUGCACCUGUAUGUAAAACAUGUAUUAUUAUUACUGUUACCUUUUUCCAGAUUAAAGCCCUGCAAAAGAUUCAAGAACUACAAAGAUACGCACAAUUAAAAUGUUUAGCAAGGCGAAGGUAGCAAACACUUUUUUAAGAUAUUAUGGAGCCACUCAUCACUUAUGUCCUUGCCUUGGGCCCAAGUUCUUAACCUUCAGACUGUCCUCCUCUUCUCAGAUCCCAGUUUUUAAGAAUAGCUGACCCCGAAAAAUAAUGGGACAUGUUGAAAAAUGACGGCGUCGUGAGCCCACAGUGCACAGCUGUUCUCUGCUCACACUCAUUUCACUAGAAACAGAAGACUGACCAGUCUGAAAUAGUGUAGUAUUCUGUAGGAUUUACAGUGAGUAGCAUGCAAACGUUCUGCACUUUUCUUUUCCUUCUCUGAACUUUGAACUGUGGUUGACAGGACUGGGUUCCGAAAUGCAUCAGACCUGAUUAUAUUUGCUUAAUAAACCAGAUUAAUUUUCUUUUUAUAAACCUGAACUUUUUAACAACUGAAAUGUUAACAGAUGCCACAGAUCCCUCAGAACAUCUUUACUCAAAAAUAACUUUUAAUAAGUAUUUUUCGCACUAUAGGGUGAAACUAUCAAUAAAUGUCUAUUUUGUGGUCUAUUUUCAUACAUAAGGCACAUUUUAUGCCACUCUAGUAAGUUAACUAGUAUUAGAAACAGGGGUGUCGCCAAGUUUUCCUUUUAAUUCAGCUAAAGCUAAGCUAACAUAAGUAAACAAAACUGUAAUGCUUAAAAAACAUUUUAGAUGAGUCAGACAAGUUAAACGAGUGCUGGAUGUUAAUCUACACAGAUUUCUCUCCUGAAAACUGUUUAUUUGGGUGAGUAAAGCGCUUCAGUUUAUUUACAGUAAGUUUAGAUUUAAAGCAGGAGCAUUAGCAUUAGCAGCUAACCGCUAGCGGCUAGUGGUUAGCAGCUAAUCCCACCUGAUAGCACUACACUGAGCAGUACUGUAUGUUCUGGUAAGCCAGGGCAAUAUUAGCUAGCGUAGCUUGUUUUACCAUGGUUAACAUGCAAAAUACAGUCAAAUAUAACUUACUCACCUCUGAAUAGCCAAAGAGUUAUCGCUCCGCACGGAUAGCGGCUAAGGCUAAAACUGCUCCAGCAGUGCUAGCCAGGGUUAGCAGCAGGGUACAAGUUGAUAAUACUCACCUCUGGAUGGCUAAAGAGCUAGCGUUUAUCGCGGUUAGCAGCUAAUGCUAAUAUUGCUGGAGUACUAAACUGAAACUCCUGCAUAACUCUGUAUUUCAGUGGAGUGGCUUUACUGCUCCUUAAAACCUGACUGGUAAAAUUCAUACAUAAGGAGCACUGACUGAUUUUUGGGAAAAUGAAAUUAUUUUAAGCGUGCCUUAUAGUGCAAAAAAGAUAAUGAUAAGAAGACACACCCAGUAUGCAAAUGGAACCAGAAGCCAUGUCGUAUCCGUUAAAUGUUUCAGUCGUUAAAAGUCUGAGAGAUAUAUUAUUAAAUUAUUAAAUGUAUUAAAUAGUAUUAAAAGGUAUAAACAUCUCUUAGUUGUGUAUUCAGUUGGCUUAUUGAGUGCAUUUCUAAGUAAAUUGCUAAGUAUUCUGUACAAUUUUUAUUUUUCAAAGAUGGGAGAACAAAAGUAUUUAGCAUCAACUUACUUUAAAAAGUUAAUGCACUAAGAGCUGCCACUACGAUCAGGAGAUCGCCAGUUCGAAUCCUGUUUAUGCAGCUUGCCAUCAGCUGCCGGAGCCCUGAGAGAGCACGAUUGGCCUUGCUGUCUCUCUGGGUGGGUACAGUAGAUGGCACUCUUUUUUUCCCCUCAUCACUCAUAGGGUGAUGUGGAUCAGCACAAGGCUGCAUCUGUGAGCUGAUGUAUCAGAACCGAGUCACUGCGCUUUUCUUCGAGCGUUAGCACUGUGAUGAGUUGGAAAAAAGGUGGAGUCUGACUUCACGUGUUGCAUCACUAGUGAUAGGGGGAGUCCUAAUGAUUGGGUUGGGUAAUUGGUCUUAUAAAUUUGGGAGAAAAUGGGAUAAAAAAAAUUAGAAAUGCAAAAUGUUGCCCUAAUUUUUUUUUACAUAAAUCCAACAAAUCUUUUUGUUUUUUCAGUGUAGGAAAAAAAAUGGAUGUCAUUGGAAGCUGAGUUUACUGAGCUCAACCGGCCUGAACUGGUGAGACUGUCUUUUUUUCCCAGACGCUGCCAGUUCAGUGGGAGGUACAGUAAGAUAAAUUCCUGUCGUUUCAGAGGUGUAGAGCGCACUGAUUGAGCCAAGGCAAGAACAAAGGAGGAGGCUGUGCGCUCAGUGAACUGAAAAUGAUGCACAGGAUUUCAGUAAUGAGCUUUUCUAGUGCUUGUCUGCAAUCUUCCCUGACUCAAAAGACCAACAAUCACGCACACAUAGCAAACCGCAAUGUCCGUGCUCUCCAGAAGUGCUGAUAUUUUAAGCACUGAUAAGAAAUUUCUAUGCAAAGUGUAAAAAAAAUAAUAA